CAGCUGUUUGAUAAACAUUAAAAUUUAAUUAAAAACUGGUAUUUCACGUGGAGUCUGACGAUUUUCUGAUAUUUUGACAAAUAAUAACAAAACAGCUUAAAUCAUUUUGCGAAAACCAAUUGCUGAAUUAUGUGUGAAGUAGAUACAAUAACAAAAAUCGCGAACUCUCUUGGAGUUCCACCUGGUGAAGUGAAAUUGAAUUCUGAAAAGAUAAUCACACGUACGAACAACAGCAAAACUGUUUCAGGCUUUGCCACCAUUCUUAACACUCUAGCACAGGAAUCAGAAUCGGAAAUAGCACGCAACAGCACAGCUAGUCGAGAAAUAAGUGCUGAUGUAUAUCAAUGGAUAGAAUUUGCCGUAUUGUAUGCGGCCCCAGGUUCUAAAGACAAGCAUGUUUCUCAACAACUACUGCGGGAUUUUAAUAAACUUUUCUCGACUAAAUCGUAUUUAGUAGGUUACUUUAUUACAUUAGCCGAUUUGGCCAUCUUCUACUCCAUAUACAAUUUAGUGAAAUCACUUUCGCCCGUAGAUAAGGAAAACUAUUUAAACCUUUCUCGCUGGUUUGAUCACCUACAACAAAGACCAGAAAUUCGCCAGGGUGGCAAUGUUCUAAAUUUCACUACCAUCUACUUGCACGGUUGGGCGACUGGAACACAUAUCUGAAUUUCGCCGUACUAAAUUUGUUUAAAAAAAAAACUAAAUGAAAACACGAAUGUUACCAAGUAGGAAAAUGUGUACGUAUUUAUUUGAAAUCACUUAUUGUAUUACAUACUAAAAUAUGCUCAAACCUGUCCGUUCAUUUUUUUUUUAAGUAAAAAGCAAUUUGAAAAUUAAA